ACCGGCGCGACACCUACUCGAACGGGCAAGUAUCUGGACAUACAGCCGCAGAUGGUCCACACCUGCUGUUGAACAUGCAUCCUACUUGCCACGUGGGCGCGCCGUUGCCACGUCCUGCGGCGGACUCGGCGAAAACCCUGACGCCUCAACACCAAAGAAGUGGUUGUAAAAAGUGUUCGCGAUACUACUCCUGGAAGGUAGCUUGCGGUAUUUAGGGUAAUUUUCUCCGCUGGCUUCCAUUCCUGCAAUGUUCUUAUCCGGAGAGGAUCCACUUUUGCAAACACGACAUGACGUGGAGGCAAAAAGCCCCGCAAAGGUAGGAAUAGUGUGCGUACAAAGCCCGAACGGUCUGCACAGCAGUCGAAGACUUCUGAAAUCCUGAACAUCUGCGCAAAUACAUACACAAUGUCGACUCAGACCACUCUUGAGCUCAGUCAGACAUUGGGCGAGCGACGCCGCUCCUUCAUCGUCACCGGUCAAGACGAGCAAACCCCAAUAUCCACACCAAAGGCAGCAAGCAUCUCAGCGCGAUCAUCAUACUUCCCAGAUCUACCAGGUGGACCGGGAGCAAGCAAAAAAGUUGGCUUCUCAGAUCUGCCUCCAACAAGCACGUUCGCAACCACCCCCGCCGGCACCCAAACACCUGCCGGCGCAUCGACGCCAGGAUGGACUACUCCCGGUGCCCAAACGCCUGGUAACGGUUGGACAAGUCCCACAGGUCCAGCGACGCCUGGCUGGGCGACGCCCAAGUCUUCGCAGAUGCGGCCGUUGAUGUUCCCCGAGACAGCAUAUCCAGACAUCGGCUCGAUGCAGACAUGGCAGGGCGUGCUGAUCCUGUGCAUCACGUGCGGUGCACAACUAAUGGACAAUGUCUUCAUGACGGCUGUGAACUUGUCGCUACCGGAAGUGCAGGCGGAGUUUGGCGUCAGCGCGGGCGAUCUACAGUGGCUGCUGAGCGCGUACACGCUCACGUUCGGUGGCUUCUUGCUGUUUUCCGGUGUUCUGGCAGAUAGGUACGGUCGCCGCUUUAUCUUCAGCGCGGGCAUGAUAUGGCUCUCGAUUUGGACGCUGGCAAAUGGGUUUGCGACGUCGUUUAUCCAGAUUGCUAUCUUUCGUGCGUUGCAGGGCAUAGGCGCGGCGAUGACGGUGCCCUCUGCGAUCGGUAUCAUCAGCUCGUAUUUUGUGGCUAGCGAAAGGACGGUCGCGCUGACGUUCUUUGGCGCAAGCGGUGCAAUCGGGUUCUGUGCUGGCCUGCUGUUUGGCGGCUUCGUAACGGAAGCAUUGGGCUGGCGUUACAUCUUCCGUAUUGCGGUCGCAGCCACAGCCCCACUGGGUCUGUUGGGGUGCUUUUAUCUUCCCAAGGACCGUCGCGAAGGUAGCGCAAAACCGAGCCUGGACUUCCUUGGUGCUGCUCUCUCGACUUCUGGCCUCAUUUUGCUCUCGUUCGUGCUCUCCAGUGGCGGCGAGUAUGGCUGGAACAAAGCCUUCAUCAUCGCUCUACUUGUGAUUUCUGUCAUCAUGCUCGGAGUCUUCACGUACGUCGAGAAGAAGGUGCGGAACCCUAUCAUGCCGAUGUCACUUUGGAAGAUCCAGAACUUUGCGCCCCUGUGGAUUACAGGCUUCGUGGUCUACGGCGCGUACCAAACUGUUGUCUACUAUAUCGUAUUACAAGCACAAGAAGUCGCAAAGCUCUCAGCCGGCGCGACUGCAUUGCGCUUUCUACCCAUGGGCGCGGCUGGUUUCCUGACUAACAUGGUCCUCGCAAAGUGGAUGAGAUACAUGGACUUCCGGUAUCUGAUGACAGUUGGCAUAGUGACGACCAUGAUAGCUCCCGUACCUGCUAGUCUGAUGCCAGCCGAUGAUCCCAAUUUUUGGCGCUACAUCAUGCCAACUUCCAUCAUGGUGGUCGUUGGAGUAAGCAUCUGCUACAUCUGUAUAACGAACAUCAUGCUCGAGUCUGUUCCGACAAACGUGAAGUCUCUGUGCGGCGGGCUUGUCAACACCGCUUUCCAGAUCGGGUCAGGCGUCAGCCUCGCUCUCGCUGCGGCUGUGGUCAAUGCAGUUGACAUCAAGAAGGGCCAUACGGUGGCUACGCAGUAUCAGACAGGUCUCUAUUGCUGCAUUGGGCUUGGAUUGUUGGGGCUUCUCGUGUCGUUGGGCGGCAUGAGAGGGCCGAAGAAGCAGAGUGUGAACACUCAGACUUUUUGACUGCUCUACACGAACAUCAGUCUAGGGACAUUGAUGCAGAAUCCGGUGGUUUGUUAACUGGGGUGAUUAGCGCUUCUAUAACCACCUAAAAGAGACAAAUUUUGUUUGACCUAAAUCGAACCGAACCUAUG